AUGUUCCCAGUUGCUGAUCCUCCCCGUGCGGGGCCUGAAGAUAUUGGGAGAAACUCGAGGCAAAGUACGAUAAGAGGUGUUCCUGCUUUUCCCGUCUCUGAACCGAAACACACUUCUGCCCCAAUCGAAUUUGUAGAUGAUGAUGAGAUUAAAAAAGAGUAUCGGCCAUCUUGCUUCGACAAACUUAUAGAUUUUAUCCUGUGCAGAGGCGAUGUAGCAAAACGAACCUACGAAACACAACCCGUCUCUAUUUUUGGCUUAUUUCGAUAUGCUAAAGCUUUCGACCAUUUUCUUCUCUUCAUUGGAGUCAUUUGUGCAAUCAUUUCUGGAGUUUCCCAGCCUGUGUUAACAAUUAUUGCUGGUCGCGUCACUAAUGCUAUACUUGUGUACGCACCUCAAACAAAACAGUUCCGGAACAAGGCUACGGAGAAUGUUUACAUUUUUCUCGGCAUCGGUAUUUUCGUUACAAUCACAAACUACAUCCAGUACAUGUGCUUCCAACACUGUUGCUCGAGGAUUAUGGCACAGAUGAGGCAUCGAUAUGUGUACUCAGUGCUCAGACAAAAUGCAGGAUGGUUUGAUAAGCAUCACUCUGGAACGAUUGCCACGAAGCUAAACGAUAGCAUGGAGAGAAUCCGCGAAGGAAUUGGAGACAAACUUGGUGUCCUUCUCCGUGGAGUCGCAAUGCUUGUAGCAUCAGUUGUUGUAGCAUAUAUUUAUGAAUGGAGGCUUGCUUGCAUGCUUCUAGGCGUUGCACCCACUUGUAUUGGAUGUAUGUCUUUGAUGGCUAGACAAAUGACUGCUACUACAGUAAAAGAACUUGGAGGUGUAGAGAAAGCAGGUUCGAUCGCUGAGGAAUCAUUAAUGGGUGUUCGAACUGUGCAAGCAUUUAAUGGACAAGAAGAAAUGGUAGAACGAUAUCGGGUAGAAUUAAAUAAAGGAAGAAAGUUUGCAAUUUGGAAAGGAUUUUGGAGUGGUCUAUUUGGUGGCAUGUUCUUCUUCUGGCUUUUCGCUUUUCAAGGCUGUGGAUUCUUAUAUGGAGCUUAUCUUCUUAGCGUGGGAAUUAUCAAAUCACCUGGAGAUGUUUUCAUCAUUGUUAUGGCUAUGCUAUUGGGCUCUUAUUUUACGGGACUAAUUUCACCACAUUUGAUGGUUCUUCUCAAUGCACGAGUGGCUGCAGGCUCAAUCUACGAGACCAUCGACCGUGUUCCUAAAAUUGAUCCUUAUUCAAAGAAAGGAAAGUUUUUGGACAAAGUCAUCGGCCGUGUUAAGUUUGAAAAUGUUCACUUCCGUUAUCCGACCAGAAAGGACGCAAAAAUCCUAAACGGACUUAAUCUAACCAUUGAACCAGGAACAUCAGUUGCUCUUGUUGGACACUCUGGUUGUGGUAAAUCAACAUCAGUUGGUCUCCUAACUCGUCUAUAUGAACCGGAAGCUGGCAACGUAACUAUCGACGGAACUGAUGUUCGAGAGCUAAACAUUGAUUAUCUGAGAAAUGUUAUUGGAAUUGUGCAGCAAGAACCAAUAUUGUUCAAUGAUACAAUUCAUAACAAUUUGUUGUUGGGAAAUCCAAAUGCCACGAGGGAGAAGAUGAUUGAAGUCUGCAAAAUGGCAAAUGCUCAUGAUUUCAUAGAAAAAAUGCCGAAAGGCUACGACACAAUGAUUGGAGACGGAGGAGUGCAACUUUCAGGAGGACAAAAGCAGCGAGUUGCUAUUGCAAGAACCUUGGUCCGUGAACCGAAGGUCUUACUUCUCGAUGAAGCCACAUCUGCUCUUGACGCUCAGAGUGAAAGUAUAGUACAAUCAGCUUUAAAUAACGCAUCGAAAGGGAGAACUACUAUUAUGAUUGCACACAGAUUGUCUACAAUUCGUGAAGCUGAUAAGAUUGUCUUCUUCGAAAAAGGUGUUAUUGUUGAAGCUGGAAAUCAUGAAGAACUUGUUCGAUUAGGAGGAAGAUACUACGAUUUGGUGAAGGCACAGGCAUUUAAACCUGACAAUGAUGGGACCGUUGAUGAGAUUGAGGAUGAAAUUGAUUUAGGGCAAUCCGCCAGUGGCUUACAUUCACGACAGUCCUCUUUCACUUCCUCUAUUAGGAGCAAAAUGUCAGGAGCAGAAGCUUUCCGACGUGGAACUUUGGGAGCUGAUUCAUUUGCUGGUGGCAAAUCAACAGCUAGAGCAGAUGCUGAGAAUGCAGCAUUUGCGGAAGAAGUCGCAAAAGUAAUGGAACAGGAUGGACAAAUCAGUGCCGGAUACAUGGAUAUUUUCAAGAAUGCAAAAGGAAAUUAUACGGUCAUGUUUUUGGGAUUUGUAACUGGGCUCAUUCGUGGACUCGAGCUCACAGCAUUCGCUUUAUUGCUUGGAUGGGUUUUUGAAGGUUUUCAAUAUUUGAACAUUGACAAUGGAAAAAUGAUGCAUAGAAUGGCAAUGGCAGUGAUUGCUUAUGGAUGUUCAGGUUUCGGAUGCUUCAUUUCACAGUUUUUAAGUUCUAUUUUCUUUGCCAUUGUCUCGGAAAACUUGGCCCUUCGCUUCCGUGUUAUGUCAUUCCGAAACCUUCUAUAUCAAGAUGCAUCAUUUUUUGACAACCCUGCUCAUGCUCCAGGAAAAUUGAUAACCCGUCUAGCAACAGAUGCUCCAAACUGCAAAACUGUCGUCGAUUCUCGAAUGCUUCAAGUCCUCUACGCACUUUCAGCUAUUAUUGCAAACAUAGUCAUCUCUUUUAUCUACUGCCAUUCUGGGAACUGCACUCAUUAUUUUACUCGCUUUUACAAUGUGCGGAUUAGCGUACAAAAUUUCUUUACUUAACAUGGAACAAAUCCAAAACGACGAAGCAGGAAGAAUUGCAAUCGAAAUUAUAGAAAAUGUGAAAACUAUUCAACUUCUCACAAGAUGUGAACAUUUCUUCGACCACUACGAAAAAUGCUCCAAAAGCCAGAAGCGAAGCGAGCUGAAGAAAGGACUGAUUGAAGCUAUCAAUUACACAAUAACCCAGUCGUUCAUGUACUACAUGAUGUGCUUCUGUUUUGCCCUUGGAAUCAGGUUGAUUUACCACGGGAACAAGUCUCCACAGGAUGUUUUUCAAGGAAACAUUGCAAUGCUUCUAACUGCAAUGGGUGUUAUGAAUGCAGCACAGUAUUUCCCAGAGUUUGUGAAAGCAAAAACUGCAGCUGGUUUACUUUUCAACAUUAUCUAUCGAAAACCGAGAACCGGAGAUUUGCUGGAAGGUUCACGGCCGGAAGUCAGAGGAAAUAUUCUUUUUGAAAAUGUCAAGUUUUCCUAUCCUCAACGACCGCAUCAGCCAAUUAUGAAAGGACUUCAAUGGACAGCUCUCCGUGGACAAACUGUUGCUCUCGUAGGCCCAUCUGGUUCAGGAAAGAGUACAUGCAUUGGAAUGCUUGAAAGAUUCUAUGAUGUCACUGGGGGAACACUUCGAAUCGAUGGACAAGACAUCAGAGGUCUCUCCUUGUUUCACCUCAGAACUCAGAUGGCACUGGUCGGUCAGGAGCCCAGAUUGUUUGCCGGCACGAUAAAGGAGAACAUUUGCUUGGGCUUGGAAAACGUGCCAAUGGAGAAGAUCAAUCACGCGUUAGAACUAGCAAAUGCAAAUCGGUUCCUGGCUAAUCUUCCGGCAGGUAUUGAGACUGACGUCGGAGAGAAGGGAUCAAAACUUUCUGGGGGACAGAAACAGAGAAUAGCAAUUGCGAGAGCGUUGGUUCGAGAUCCAAAGAUUUUACUGCUAGAUGAAGCCACUUCAGCAUUAGAUUCGGAAUCAGAAAGGGCUGUACAAGAAGCUUUGGAUCGAGCACGAGAAGGGCGUACUUGUAUUACAAUUGCUCAUCGGUUGUCUUCAAUUCAAAAUUCUGACGUUAUUGUAUAUAUUGAAAAUGGACGGGUGCAAGAAGCUGGAAAUCAUAAGCAACUGAUGAGCAAGAAGGGAAAAUACUAUGAGCUGAUUCAGAAGCAAGACUUGGGAAUAUAA